GCUUCGGUAAGCUUCGGUCAGCUUCGGUAAGCUUCGGUAAGCUUCGGUUAGCUUAGCAACGGUAGCCAUCAGGAAGAAGUGUCACCGCCCGGACGAGGAGAGCCAGUCCGCGGUCAAUGGCUGCCCUCGGCAACUCGGGGGCCGUUUCCAGUCCCAUGGUGAUCCUGGCGCCCAAGACUAAAACAAAAAAGAAGCACUUCGUCCAGCAGAAGGUGAAGGUGUUCCGGGCCAGCGACCCCGUCCUCAGCGUCUUCAUGUGGGGCGUUAAUCACUCGAUCAAUGAUCUCAACCAGGUGCCUGUUCCUGUCAUGCUGCUGCCGGACGACUUCAAAGCAAACACCAAGAUCAAAGUCAACAACCAUCUCUUCAACAAAGAAAACCUUCCAGGACAUUUCAAGUUCAAAGAAUACUGUCCUCAGGUCUUCCGAAAUCUAAGGGAACGGUUUGGGAUUGAGGAUCUGGACUAUCAGGUUUCGUUGACCCGCAGCCCCCCGAUGAGGAGCGUCGACGACCAGGGAGAAGGUCUCCUCCUCAACUCCUACGACCGUACGCUGGUCAUCAAGCAGAUCUCCAGCGAGGACGUUGCAGACAUGCACAGCAUCCUGUCUGAGUAUCACCAGCACAUAGUGAAGUGUCACGGCAGCACCCUGCUGCCACAGUUCCUGGGUAUGUACCGUGUGAGCGUGGACAAUGAGGAGACCUACCUGAUCGUCAUGAGGAACAUGUUCAGCCACAGACUGGUGGUGCACAGGAAGUACGACCUGAAGGGAUCUCUGGUGGCUCGGGAAGCAAGUGACAAAGAAAGGGGAAAAGAGCUUCCGACCUUCAAGGACAUGGACUUCAGGAACAACAUGCAGAAGGUGUAUGUGACGGAGGAGCAGAAGGAGAAGUUAAUGGAGAAACUGAACAGAGACGUGGAGUUUCUGGUGAGGCUGAAGAUCAUGGACUACAGCCUGCUGCUCGGCAUCCACGACGUGGGUCGAGCAGAACGGGAAGAGGACGAGGGCGAGGAGGUUUCAAACGAGGAAGAACCGGAGGCGGAGAACGGCCUGGCAGUGGGCGCUACGGCGGGCUCGUACGGCACCUCUCCAGAGGGAAUCGCCGGUUACAUGUCCGCCUGCAAGCCUCUGGGGCCCGGGGAGUUCGACCCAUACGUGGACGUGUACGCAGUCAGGAGCUGCGCAGGAGCCCCGCAGAGGGAGGUCUAUUUCAUGGGCCUGAUUGACGUACUCACUCAGUACGACACGAAGAAGAAAGCCGCUCAUGCAGCAAAAACUGUCAAACACGGGGCUCCUUCUGAAAUCUCCACAGUCCACCCCGAGCAGUACGCCAAACGGUUCCGUGACUUCAUCUCCAACAUCUUUGCGUAGCACUAAUGAACGCUGCCAUAUGUUGAUCCAACUGAGAGCUAAAAGUCUACUUUACCUUUGACCAAAAAUAGUAUGCACACACAGAUCAGCGUUUAAACGUGCUGAUCUGAGGCGACACUACUUACGUUGUAGCAAUAUAAUGUACUACUUCUGAUGCAUAUAUUUAUUUUUAAGAUUUAAGAAGCAUUUCUUCUAGAUAUUAAGCACUCUUAACGGAAUAACUCUGGAGUUGUAGCGUACAUGGAAACAAACUGCUGUUGAUCAGUGUUCAUAGACCACGUCAGUGCGAGAUCAAAGAUUGAUUUUAUCUUUUGCCUGGUUGCAGGCGUGAACUAAACGUACAGGAAAGGUUGACAUUUUGGGCUUAUUUGCUUUCUUUCCAAACGUUACAUGAGAAGAUUUGGUGUGUGUGUGUGUGUAGCACUAUGAAACACAUACACAGUCCUUCCAUUCACCGUUGAUCCACAGGCGGCCGUAACGUGAUAAGAUCUGCGUGACGACUGUGUGUCAGUAAACAUGGAUGCAAACAAUUCUGGAUUUAAAAUACAUCCUACAUUUUAAAAACAUGUUUACAGCCUGGCACAAUAAACAGUGUUGGUCUUUAUAGCCAAAUUCCCAGCUCAUGACGACUGUACGAGGAGUGAACCUUUAUAUAAGUCACUCGUUUAGAUUAUAUUAGGGUUUAAAAUAUGCAUAAUUAAAGGCAUGGUCACCUUUUUAAAGACAAAGACUAGUUAGUGUAGAUUCUGUAAACUGGGGAAACAGCCAGCCUGGUUUCUAAAGACGGUUUCUGAGGAUGUGCACAACAUGUUUCUGCACAGAUUGUGAAAUGAUUAACGAUCAUGUUAAUCAGCGAGCGUCAGUGGUGCUUGUAGGUUGUAACCUUUAACACAGAGCCAACUAAUGUAACUGGCUGCAGGCUGUAGCUUUGUAUUAGCAUCGAUCUAACUGUCGGUAAGAAAGCGAAUAAGCGUGUUUUCCAAAAUGUCAAACUAUUCCUUAAAUCUUAGAGUAAUGCUUUAAUGGAGAUGGGUAUUAAAAAUAAUGCGAGUCUAGACUCUUAAUAAUAUUUAUCUGUUGAAGCAGGCCAUUUGAAUGUUUAGAGUGCCAAAUGUGUGGGAUCAAAGCUUUGUCCUAUCAGGAUUUGCACUUUGCAUAUAAUUAAAUCAAAUCGGUUAAAAGAAACACAAUUUGAAUGGAUCAAAUCCUGUUUUCCACCAAAGUUUAUUCUAAAUUUUAAAGAAAAUGUACAGAACAGCCUUGUCAGUGUGGUAUUUAAAUAGAAAGCACGUCAUAAUAUUUAGCCUGUAAACAUUGUUAGCAGCCCUGCAUCUCUUAGUUACCACAGCCUGUAAAGGGAAUGCGGGGUGGCUGACCUUGGAGCGAUUCCUUCACCCACAGAGCUCGGCCCGCAGUAAUGAAGUGACUUGUCCAACUUUUAGGAUCAGGCCUGCCUUUUUUUUUUUUUUUAUGAAAAACGUCAACGUGUCGACAUCAAAACACUUGUGAAAAUGAGCCCAUCCAUCAUUAUUCUGGACUCCUUUGUGAACACGCUGUAGUGUUUUGUGCAUUAAAAUGGCAAAUGUG